AACUCUUAACAAUCCACGAGAACACUGCAGUGAGCUCGCAUCUCUUCUGAGACUGACCUGCGUGUAUAUCAGGGUGAAAUCAGUAUGAAAGAAUAACUAGUGCACUUUUCUGUCAUGUUGCGUGUUGCAGUUGAGUCUGCGGCGGGUCUGCCUAAGAAGAAAUUGGACAGGCCAGACCCCGUCGCAUCUGUGGCGUUUAAAGGCGAAAAGAAGAAGACUAAAACCAUCAAAAAUGAAGUGAACCCAGUCUGGAAUGAGACGCUUGAGUUUGAUUUAAAAGGUGCUCCUCUGGAUUCCUCCUCAUACAUUGAUGUGAUUGUAAAAGACUACGAAACUCUUGGCAAAGACAGGUUAAUUGGCUCUGCAAAAGUCUCUCUGCAAGAACUUUCCAGUGGCAAAGUGAAAUCUCUUCCAGUGAAAAACUUGGCUCUAGUGGACGAAACUGGCAUAAGCAUUGGAGCCACCAUCAGUAUUUUGAUCAGCUACGAGCUUCCUGCCAGUGCUAACCCAAACGACCAACCAGACAGCAGCAUGGCCGGAAACACAGCUGUGGGUGAGGGAGAUGUCGCUGAUGGGACAUGGCGAGGUGUCGCACCCUCUGCUGAGCCUGGACAGAAACUUCAGUUUAGGACCAGGAAACGCAAUAAUUUGGCCAAUAAACCUCAGGACUUUCAGAUACGUGUGCGAGUAAUUGAGGGCCGUCAGUUGUCUGGAAAUAACAUAAAGCCUGUGGUCAAAGUGCAUGUGUGUGGAGAUACUCACAGAACUAGAAUCAAGAAAGGAAAUAACCCAUACUUUGAUGAGAUGUUCUUUUACAAUGUCAACAUGUUGCCCUCUGAUUUGUUUGAUGAGAAUAUCAGUUUCCGGGUGUACAAUUCCUCUUCUUUCAGAUCAGACAGUCUCAUGGGUGAAUUCAAGCUUGAUAUUGGCUACAUCUAUGAUGAACCAGCUCACUGUAUCAUGAAGAAAUGGGUUCUGCUGAGUGAUCCUGAUGACUCGAGCUCAGAAGCAAAGGGUUACCUCAAAAUCAGCAUGUUUGUAUUGGGAACAGGAGAUGAGUCACCGGUGGAGAAGAAGGAUCAGGACAGUGAUAAAGAUGACGUGGAGAGUAACCUGCUGCUACCCGCUGGCGUCACUCUGCGAUGGGUCACACUCCAACUCAGAGUGUUUCGAGCGGAGGACAUCCCCCAGAUGGAUGACUCCAUCAGCCAGACUAUAAAAGAGACAUUUGGGGGGUAUGGAAAUAAGAAAAAUCUGGUGGACCCAUUUGUCGAGGCCUGUUUUGCUGGCAAAAAGCUUUGUACACGAAUAAUAGAGAAGAAUGCAAACCCAGAGUGGAACCAACAGCUUAAUCUUCAGAUUAAGUUCCCGUCCAUGUGCGAAAGGAUCAAGCUGACGGUAUUUGACUGGGAUCGGCUCACUGGGAAUGAUGCCAUCGGCACCACGUAUCUGGAUCUGACCAAAAUAGCAUCCUCUGGUGGUGAAGUUGAAGAAGACUACACAGGAUAUGAAUUUCCAGAGAGUAAAGGAGAGACCGGAGAAUCUGAGAUGGGGUUCCUGCCUGCAUUUGGGCCCUGCUAUAUCAAUCUGUAUGGCAGCCCGAGAGAGUUCACAAGCUUACAAGACCCGUAUGAAGACCUGAAUUUAGGCAAGGGUGAAGGAGUGGCCUACAGAGGGAGAAUUCUUGUUGAGCUUUCUACUAAACUUGAGGAAAAGGCUGACAAGAUGGUGGAAGACAUUUCUAAUGAUGAUAUCUUGGUUGUUCAGAAGUAUCAGCGCAGAAGGAAGUACUGCCUUUGUGCAGUUUUCCAUAGUGCAGCUAUGAUCCAGGAACCAGGAGAGCCCAUUCAGUUUGAAGUGAGCAUUGGCAACUACGGCAACAAGAUGGACUUUACAUGCAAACCUUUGGCUUCAACCACACGGUACAGCUGCGCUGUGUUUGAUGGUAAUUAUUACUACUACCUGCCCUGGGCCGAAUCUAAACCUGUGGUUGCUUUUUCUUCCUUCUGGGAGGAUGUCAGUCACCGUUUAGACUCAAUGAACAUCAUUCUGUACAUUGCUGACCGUUUGCAAACAAAUCUUACCAUGUUAAAGACUGCAAUACAGUCCAAAACCCCAGAUGCAAGACUUGUAGAAAUCUGGUUCAAGCUCAUCAAACAGUUAAUGGAAGAUCUCAGCAGUUUGAAAAUUCCUGAUCUGGAGGGGAAGGCUAACCUCACAACGCUGGAUCUUCAGAUGAAGAAGUUGCGGGACAGCACUCUGCAAAGCAUUAUGAAGGGGGCCAAAUACUUGCUUGAAGGGGCUGAAGAUGUUAAUAAGAGCUUAGGCAUCAUUGAAGGCUGGUUGGACAAGCUCAAGCAACUGGCUGUGGUGCCUCAGAACAGCAUGCCUGAUGUGAUAAUCUGGAUGUUGCGAGGAGAAAAAAGGGUUGCAUACACCCGCAUCCCAGCCCAUCUAGUGAUCUAUUCAGGCUACUGUGAGCAGGCCUGUGGCCAGUACUGUGGCAAGACUCAGACUAUCUUCAUGCAGUAUCCCAUGGACAAGAACAAAGAUUCGAAGAUUCCUGUCCAGAUCCGGGUGAACAUGUGGCUUGGACUGGCAACAGAUGAAAAGAAGUUCAAUACUUAUGCGCAGGGGAUGUUCAGUGUAUUCGCAGAACUGUAUGAAAACCAGGCACUGGUUCUGGGAAAGUGGGGCACCACCGGUUUGCUGAAUCGCUGCAAGUUCUCUGAUGUCACAGGCAAAGUGAAGCUGAAGCAGGAGUACUUCAUGCCCCCUGUUGGCUGGGAGUGGGAAGGUGACUGGUGUGUGAAUCCAGAGACAAAUCUGCUGAAUGAUGCCGAUGCUGGACACACAGAGUUCCUUGAUGAGGUUUAUGAGAACGAGACUCGAUUCCCAGGGGGAGAAUGGAAGCUUGCGGCUGAACCUUACACUGAUGUGAAUGGAGAAAAUGUCCAGAGCCCUACAGAGAUUAAAUGUCCGCCAGGCUGGCAGUGGGAAGAUAACUGGUCUUUUGAUGUCAACCGGGCUGUCGAUGAAAAAGGUUGGGAGUAUGGAAUCACCAUUCCACCUGAUGAUAAGCCCAAAUCCUGGGUAGCAACUGAGAAGAUGUACCAUGUCCAUCGUCGCAGAAGAAUGAUCCGACCUCGGAAAAGGACUCCUGGCACCAAAACUGCUGCUGAUACGAAGGACACAGGAGAUCCAGAGGGCUGGGAAUACUCCUCACUGAUUGGCUGGAAGUUCCACAGGCAGCAGCGCUCCUCAGACACAUUCCGUAGGCGCCGCUGGAGAAGGAAGAUGGCACCUUCUGAUCGAGUCGGAGCGUCAGCCAUUUUCAAACUGGAGGGGGCGCUGGGAGUUGAUAUGGAAUCUAAAGAUGAAGACAAAAGCUCCAAAGCAGAAUCUUCUACUAAGCAGUUUGGAGAAAACACACCCACUGUGUCAUGCACAUUUGACCGAUCAUUCGCGUACCACUUGAGAGUCUAUGUUUACCAGGCCAGAAACCUUAUUGCUCUGGACACAGACAGCUUCUCAGAUCCAUAUGUCCAUGUGUCAUACUUGCAUCAGAGUCAAACAUCAGAGACAAUCAAAAGCACCUUGAACCCGACAUGGGAUCAGACUCUUAUUUUUAAAAAUGUUGAAAUCUAUGGUGACCCCAAGUUUCUUGCCGAAAACCCACCCAGAGUGGUGCUGGAAAUUUUUGACAGCGAUCAAGUGGGUAAAGAUGAGCUGCUUGGCAGGAGUACAUGUGUGCCCUUUGUGAAGUUAAACUCAGAUGUGGAUGCAUCUCCUAAACUCAUGUGGGAGCCUGUAACUCACAAUGGUGUUGUUGCUGGAGACAUUCUAGUGGCUGCAGAGCUCAUUUUGAAGAGCAAGGGAAAUGAGACCGAACUUCCUCUUGCUCCACCCAAAAGAGGAGAGAAGCUCUAUAUGGUUCCCCAAGGGAUUCGACCUGUGGUGCAACUUACUGCCAUAGAGAUUCUGGCUUGGGGUUUGCGUAACAUGAAGACCUAUCAGCUUGCUCCCGUCACCUCGCCCUGUCUGGUGGUGGAGUGUGGAGGAGAGAGAAUUCAGACAGCCGUAAUCAAAAACAUGAAGAAGAGCCCAAAUUUCCCAGGAAAUGUCCUCUUAUUAAAAGUGCUUCUACCCAAAGAGGAGAUGUAUUCUCCCCCAAUAGUGCUGAAAGUCAUUGACCACAGACCGUUUGGACGAAAACCUGUGGUUGGCCAAUGCACCAUCAGUUCUCUGGAGGAGUUUCGAUGUGACCCUUAUGUCAUUGUUCCUGAAAAUGCAAUGUCUUCAAAAAUGGCUUUGAUGGCGGCUGGUCCUAGAGACCUCCAUGUAAACAUUGAGGACAGCAGAGAACAACAUCUAGAAGCUCAGUUUAUGUAUGGCAUCUCAGCUGCUGUUGACAAAAUGGCCACUGGUAGUCCACCUCAACGCGAGAAGGAGAAAGAGACUGUUGAUUGGUGGAGUAAGUUUUAUGCAUCUAUUGGAGAGGGCGAGAAAUGCCGGCCAUACCUUGAGAAAGGUUACGACAAGCUGACCGUGUAUGAAAAAGAGCUUGAAAGUGUAGAUGAGUUUAUGGGCCUGACUGAUUUCUGCAAAACCUUCAAAUUGAAUCGUGGGAAAAAUGAUGGUGAUGAUGAUGACCUGGCUGUAGUUGGAGAGUUCAAGGGCUCCUUUAAGGUCUACCCAUUGCCCGAUGACCCCGGGGUGACCCCUCCACCACGUCAGUUCAGAGAGCUGCCCGACAGCAUCCCUCAGGAGUGUGUGGUCAGAAUCUACGUGGUUCGAGCCCUUGAUUUACAACCCAAAGACAACAAUGGCAAAUGUGACCCAUACAUCAAGAUCCAUUUGGGGAAAAAGUGUAUUGAUGACAGAGACAACUACAUGCCAAAUACACUCUUCCCAGUGUUUGGAAGAAUGUUUGAGCUGACAUGCUUCCUCCCUCAAGACAAAGACUUGAAAAUCGCUGUCUAUGACUUUGAUUUGCUAACCCAAGACGAGAAGGUUGGGGAGACAGUGAUUGACUUGGAAAACCGUUUACUUUCUCACUUCGGCUCCUACUGUGGUUUACCCCAAACUUAUUGCAUCUCUGGACCAAACCAGUGGCGUGAUCAGCUCAAACCAUCUCAGAUUCUUCAACAUCACGCUCGUUUUAAAGGAAUAAGUGAACCCAGGACUGAAGACAAUGGAAACACAUUAACCUUUGGUGGCCAACUCUAUUGCCUUUCUGACUUUGAAGCAAACAAGGAAAUUCACCAGCACCUGGGUCCUCCAAGUGAACGCAUCGCUCUGCACGUGCUCAGAACUCAAGUCCUGGUUUCCGAGCAUGUUGAAACCAGGACUCUAUACAGUAGCUUCCAACCAAAUAUGCCACAGGGAUUACUUCAAAUGUGGGUUGAUAUUUUCCCCAAAAGUCUUGGACUUCCUGGACCUCCAUUUGACAUUUCGCCACGCAAGGCAAAGAAGUACGUUCUGCGUGUCAUUGUUUGGAACACAGCUGAAGUAGUUUUGGAUGAAACAAGUAUUACCGGAGAAAAUAUGAGUGACAUCUAUGUGAAGGGUUGGUUGCCGGGUAUGGAAGACGAUAAGCAAAAAACAGAUGUUCACUACAGAUCUCUGGAUGGCGAUGGCAAUUUCAACUGGAGAUUUGUCUUUGACUUUGAGUACCUGCCUGCAGAGCAGCUGUGUCUUGUGUCUAAAAAGGAAAAUUUCUGGAGCCUUGACAAAACGGAGUUCAGAAUCCCGCCCAAGCUGAUUAUUCAAAUAUGGGACAAUGACAAAUUCUCCCUGGAUGAUUACCUAGGUGCUAUUGAACUCGAUCUGCAAAACCUCAUCAACCCCUCCAAAUCUGCAGAGAAAUGCAACCUUACCAUGUUGCCUGAUGGGACUGCUCCUCCAAAAUCAGACCAAUCAAAGUCUCUAUUUGACCAGAAGUCAGUAAGAGGAUGGUGGCCGUGUUAUAUAGAGAAAGAUGGGAAGAGGGAGCUUGGUGGGAAGGUUGAGUUGACGCUAGAGAUUGUGAAUGAGAAGGAGGCAGAUGAGAGACCUGCUGGAAAAGGCAGAGAUGAGCCAAAUAUGAAUCCAAAGCUUGAUCCUCCAAAGCGACCGGAUACCUCAUUUUUUUGGUUCACUAAUCCAUGCAAGACGUGCAAGUUCAUUGUAUGGCGCAGAUUUAAAUGGAUAUUCAUUGGCCUGAUUUUGCUGAUCUUAGUGCUAUUAUUCCUUGGGAUCUUGCUGUAUUCAUUACCGAACUACAUUUCAAUGAAAAUCGUCAAACCCUUCAGAUGAGUUCAACAGGAGUUCAACUUUGUUUUGCCGCUGUAGUCAUGCAGUUGCAUUAAUCCCAGAUUACAUCUCAACAAAAGCAAUACUUUUAAUACAUUAGCCAUGAAACACUAAUUUUCUUAAUGAUGUACACAGCCAUAUACAGUGUUCAUUUGUUUUCUCCAAUUGCGUUUGGUUUUUCAGGUGUUUACUCUUAAUCACAGUUGAGCACUUAUAUUGAAUAUUCAAUCAUGCAUUUCACUUUUAUUAUAUUUUUUGUUUAGAUUCCAUUGAUGUUCAGAAAUGUUUGUACACAAAUCAUAGUAUUUUGUAAUGUGAAAAAAAAAAUUGUAUCAUAACCUCAGAUCAUUUUAAGGUUUUUUGGUGGAGUAUAAAAUUAUGUGGAAUAAAUAUUUCUUAUGUUUGU